AUUUUAGUUGCAAAUGAGUAGGGAAAAUGUUCAGUUGUCAGCUAGUGAUCACUGCUCUAGCUAGGACAUUCUCUGUUAAAGUGACUUGAAGUGUUGUUUUUUUUUUUAUAUUUAUUAUUCUUCAAAUUUUCUGCAACACCUGGAUUUAUACUGAAUGUCUGAAGAACUAGAGAGGAACAAGCAAGUAGCCAGGCUAUAUAGCCAGGCUAAAGCUGUGGAUGCUUUCUCAUUUGUUGUUUCAAAACCCAGCAGGGCAAGUGCUGCAUGAGUUCAGAUGUCUCUCUUCUCUUCUCGUGCUUGCCCCGAGCAUUUCUACAAAAUAAUUGAUGGGCAGAAGCGAUCAUACAGAGAGUUGAUCAAAGGGAUAGGUGGCUCUGCCGAGUUAAAGACACUUUGUCUCUUCUUAAGAGCACAGAAAAGAAAUAGCAGUACAGCUAUUUGAUUGCCAUUAGGUCGCUAUGGAUCUCUGCCGUUUGUCAUGGCUUGGGCAUGUGGCCAAGAGGACAAUUAAACAACCUGGUGGGGAUGCAGGGAAGUGAUGUGACAUUUCACAACAUUAUUUCCCAGCCUUUCUGUACCUUUUGCAGUUGAGCUGCAGCAGGACCAAUCUGGUCUUUCUGGCAGCGGGCAGUGCUGGCCCAGUAUACCCAGGAGACCACUUAAAAGCCGUGUAUGGAGUACGGUUCCCUUGGCCGCUCUAGUCCUGUCGCUGGUAUCAGUGUAGCUCUCAGGGACGGUUGCUCUUCGUCCCGUCGCGGCCCCGGGGCCUUGGACGCUCCCGACACGCACUGGCCAGCCGGCCCUCUCGGUUCUCUCCGCAGGGAGGAAGCGGGCGGGGACGGUUGAUGGCCGGCGGCUGCCCACAGCUGCGCCGGCCUCCGGCACCUUCACAGCAGCGACCCACGGCCGCUUUUCUUUCUCUCCCGCCAGCCAUGCUGCCCGCCUGCCGCGGCCCCGCUGCCCGUGGUGGGCUGGGAGCGGGCGGUGCCGCCUGGGAGAGCGACCUCGCCUUCUACGUGCUAUGGGCAAUGCAGGAGCCGCCGCGACGGCUGAGCAGCCAGUCCAGCAAGAUGGGCUACCAAGCCUGGCUGCCCCUGCCACUGCCCAGGCAGCUGGUGGUGUUCAGCCUGGGUGACUGGAGCUGCUACUCCCCAGACACGAGCAUCGCGGUGGACGUGCUGGUGGCACCAGGCGUUGGGGCGCAGCAGCUUGGCACACUGGGGCCUGCCUGCAGGUCUCUGGUGUGGGAAGGUGACUGGAGGACAGAUGUUCUCAUGGCCUCAUUGAAAAAAGUGGAUGAAGGCAACCCUGUGAAGCUUGUCCUGACUGUCCAUGGACAGCUGCUCCGGGGAGUCUCCAGCAGUACGCCCGCCCACUCAUUUCUGGUCCCAGAGACCACCCAGUCCCCAGUGCUCCCUGCUGAUGAGGGGCCCCUUGAUCAGGACCUAGAGGAUCCUACUGCCGUUAAGAGUCAGAGCUCUGAGAUGGCUGCAGGAACUUCCUGGCCUGGCAGGAAGGACUUCCACACACCACUAAGGAGCCUGGUGGUACCCUGCACCUUGAAGCCACCACCUCAUGAGAUGGGGCCCAGUGACGCCUGGAAGAAGAGUCCUGUCCGCCCCAAGAAGCCCAGGAAAAUUUUAUUUGAACCCAGAGCAUCUGAGAGAGAGCUUGACGUAGAAGAUCUGGCGGUGGAGGAGUUGCAAGGCAGCCCCAGCCCACGGUGGUGCCAUGCCAUGUGCCUCAGUGAUCUGAGAACAGCUGUUCUGGUUGGCGGAGAAGGCAUCGAUCAGCAGGCCUGCAAGGAUGCUCUGUGGAAACUGGAAAUCGACAGCGAUUUUUGGCUUCCAGUGAGUCUCCAGCAACAAAACGCAAUGCCAUCAUGCUUACGUGGUCACACAGCUACCUAUGACCCAGAAACCAAGCGUAUCUACAUUUUUGGGGGCAUUAGGGAGGACAAAGACUACAGCAGCAUCUACAUUCUGGACACAGUCACCUGGAAAUGGCUUCUUGUGGCUGCUAAAGGAAGAAUGCCAAUGCUGACCUAUCACAGUGCAACUAUCUAUCGCAAGGAGCUCUUCGUCUUUGGAGGGGCUUUCCCUAAAACCGCAUCACUGGCAGUUGGACCCUGCAGCAACAUGCUCUAUGUCUUCAAUCCAGAACAUGAAAUUUGGUACCAGCCCAUCUCAGAAGGGGAGAAGCCACUGCCUAGGCUUGGGCAUUCAGCUACUCUACUGAAGAACAAGCUGCUGAUAUUUGGGGGUCAGAGAUCUUGUCUCUACCUCAGUGACAUGCACAUCUUGGAUCUGGGUUUCAUGGAGUAUACACCAGUCCCCCUCCAUGCAGGACAGCCUUCUGCACGUUGUUUUCAUGCAGCUCUGGCUGUGUCAGACUGGAAAGUUCUGAUCAGUGGAGGCUGCAAUGCCAAGGGAGCCCUGCAGGAUGCCUUUGUUUUUCACCUAGAUACUCUUUCUUGGAGCACAGUGAUCCACCAUGACCUCUGCUCUGUGCCACGAGCUGGCCACACAUUGCUUGAUCUGACUCCUGCCCAUGUGAUGGAUGUGGACAAGGCGAAGAAGAAUAAGCAUAACCUGCAUAUGGUGUUGGUCUUUGGGGGCUCCAACUGUGCUGGAACCUUUUACAACAGCACAAAGAAGAUCCAGCUGGACCUAUGAUAAUGCAGGAUAACCAGAAUGAGUCUGGCACAGCAAGGGCUCUUUGCCAGCACAAAGAAGGGUAAUAAAUGAGUCUCAGAAAUGUGGCAGUCCAGGUUUCUAUAUGGAAUUGAAUGCUACCUUGGCACAAGAUAUCACUGACUUGCAAUGUCUUUCUGUAUGCUGUGCAUAUUGCCCUUUUAGGGCAGUUGAUACACAGCAUCAGACUGGUAGAAAUCCCCUAUCAUAUCUCUGGCUUGGUGCCUAGGUGUGGGUGCCAGAACUUUCAUGGGAUCCGAGAUAAACCUUCACAGGAACACA